UAGCGUCUCGACCUACGAACGCGAACUUCCGACAGUUUCCAAAUUUUAUCCACCUGCGUGGAACAAUAUCGUUGUCACGAUUAAGAUAGAAACGCGUAUCUAGUAGACGAAACACUUACGACGUUUCGACGUUUACGAACGGCAUGAUAUACGCGUUAAUUAAAAGCGGAUCGAGUCCCAGAUGGCCCGUUUAUUCGCGUUGCCCAGGAACCAAACCACGAGGCAUCGAUCGAGUUUCCCUUUCCGUGAACGCGUCGGCACGCGCCGUGACCGAUUUCCAAGUGUGCCAGUGGAUCGGGUGUAUCGUGGGAGGUUCGACGGAACCGUUAUUGGAAGAUCGGGCGUCGCAUAACGAUUGCAUCGGACCCGCCCGGUCCCGAUCCAAAGGCGAGAACAAUCGUCGAAUACAGAGCUCUAGGACGACCGUUACGCGUUUAAUAUGCUCCGCGACGAGUCGUUUAUGUUUCGUUCGAGGGGCCAAGAAGCCUCGAAGGAAAACAGGCUUCAAUGUUCCCUUGCUCGUCGAAUCGUUCUCACUCGAAAACUCCGAGCUUCGCGAAUCAUUACGAAAAAUCGUUUCCAAACGACGCGUUUCUAUCUUAAUCGAGCUACGAGCAGUGAGCGAUGAUCUCAAAGAAUAGGACGAGUCCGCGAGGGUUUCGCGUUCUCGCGUCGCUGUUCUUCAUCAUCGGAAUCGCAUCCGCGAGUUCAAAGUCCGCGAACAAUACCACGAUCGUUCGGGCCAAACCGAGCGAAGACGGGGCAUCUCUUCUGCCGAUGGAAGCGCGAAAUUCGGAAGUGCUGAUCGAUGCUCCGUCGACGAAACCAUUGACGAAGAUCGUCGGUCCGACGACACGGAACGGAGACAGCUAUCUGGAAGCUCUGAAGCACUCUCGAACCAGCACGGAUCCGCGCGAAGGGAUCGUACCUUCUAGCGGACAGACGCCGAUCAAGUCUGGAUCGUUUCAACGGAGGAAAGAAGGACCAGUGUUCGUCGCCUCCUCGCGUGUUCAGAACGAGCCCGACCGGGACGGAUAUUCUAUGGUUCCAAGCGAUUCGUACACGUUACCGAGUCGAACGUCGUCUCCUAGAAUUACUUACGGACCACCGGUGCAGCAACCCCCUCGGCCCGUUUACGGGCCAGCUUUCAACGAUUAUCCUUCUUCGGAUCACGGUUCCUACUUACCGCCCCAUCAAGGUGAGGGGAGAGCCUACGGGCCGCCAGCAUCGGCUCCAGCUCCCGCACCUGUCUACGUCCCAUACGGAGCUCCCGAGUCGGUUCACCUAGGGCUACCCUCUAUCGACUUCUCGCUGCCGUUCUCUCUUAAACUGAACGCAUUCACCUUGGCCAAGAUAAUUCUGAAACUGGUCAUCUUUAAAAUGAUCGUCAAGUUCAUCGCCGUCAUCUGUCUCCUGUUGUUCAUUCCGAAGCUCGAAAUAAAAAAGAACAAAGGUGGCAUGCAAAACGACGACGACGACGAGGAAGACGAAGGACGCGCUCUGUCCAACACGAAUUGGAGAGUGCGGGACCGGCUGAACACGUUGACGCUGGCGGUGAACGAGGCCAUGAGGCAACACGGCGUCGACUGCGCGACGCUUGAAUGUCGAAUCGGGAGAGCGUUCGAACGCGAGAAAUCCUGGCCGGACUACGAGCAGCUGUUGCAAAGUUACCUGUUGGAGGAAACGCGAAUCGCCCGAAUGAACAUUUAGCGCUGUGCUUCGCUGGUUUCGAAGCGUCACGCGAACACGCGGUCCGAUUCCUUUCGUCGAGGCCGCGAAGGGAAUACGAGAGAUCAUCACGAUUGAUAGUCUUUCCUCUGCUCGCGUAUUUAAUUCGUCUCAUUACACGUUGCAAUGUAUUAUACAAUAAUAUAAUUAUAGGUAUACGUACGAAUGGUACGACGUGACUCACUCGCCGCUCCCUAGUCAAUAAAAAAAAGAGAAGAACGUACCUGCGUAUGCUUGUGUACGGCUACCUAUCCAUAGGCAUUCCGAUUCUCUGAAACUACUUUAUUAUCUGCGAAGAAUUCUUUUGUUUUUUUCCACUCGUUCCAUUUUGCAGCGAAUUCGCGACACUUAUCGUUACCAAUUCCCGGCUGGCGAACGGCGGAGGCGUGAGCAAUUUCGAAGAUUGCCUCUACGUGAUCUUCUCGAGUUUUCCGGAGGAGAGGAACAGGUGGGGGCAUAUCCGUUUAUAAAUGCGAUCGCGACAGGCGACGAUAGUUUCAGUUUCAGUCGUUUUAUCGUUCGCUACGUGUCGCUCGAUUCCCAAGGAAAUCAUGAAGCGGUCAGUUUUGUUCGCGUUGAUCGUCGCCUGCGCGUUCGCGUUGCUCCUCGAGGUGGACGCCGUGCCCGCGGACGAGGCUAAGCAAGUCAAGGAGCCGAAGGAAAUCAAA